AUUUCAAAUUAUCUAUUGAACAAAAGGUGUCCAAGAACCAUUGACAAGAAAUUCAAGAAAUUCAAGAAAAUUUCUAGAAUUUCUAGAAUUGCUUGAAUUUCUUGAAUUUCAAGGCAAUCUGGAGAGUGAGGGUGAAGGUAUCUUCUUCGUAAACGGUAUGGUAGAAUUUAAGGAAUUCAAGAAAAUCAAGCAAUUCAAGAAAAUUUCUCGAAUUUCUGGAAUUGCUUGAUUUUCUUGAAUUCCAUUGCAAUGUAAACUUAUGAGUUAGUAUUUUAUGUGUCUUUCUUGAAUGUCUAGAAUUUCUUGAAUUGCCAAUUUGUGGAUCGUGGUUAGAUCUCCCUUAUCUUAUUUCACUUCGUCUUAAUGCUGUUCAUAAUGAUUAUAUUGAACAAUUUCUUAAUGAUACAAAAACACAUUUACCUUGUCUAACUAACUUAACAAUCGUUUAUGAUCAAUUAUAA